CUGCCCAUCACCAAAUAAAUAGCCAGUCAGUUCCUCACCGUUCCAGCACACUGUUGGAGAGAUGAGACAAUCACACCAGCUGCCCCUAGUGGGGCUGCUAUUGUUUUUUCUCAUUCCAAGUCAGCGAUGCGAGAUCUGUGAGGUAAGUAAAGAAAAGUACUUCUAUCUAAACCCUCUGUUGAGCACAAUGAUCUAUUCAAAUUACACCUACGGAACCCAAGCUGCCAAUGUUCUAUUGUCCCUGAGACUUGUUGGGAUGCGGAACCAAAGCCUAGAGCAACAGAUGAUCCAACGAGUCAAGGACAACUUGGAAAGGAAAGGACCAAAUUUAAGCUCAGGACAGCUUGCCUUGACGAUACUGGCUUUGGGAGCAUGUCGUAACCCUGAUGAAAGCUUUGAUUCUCACCUGGCUGACCUUCUGGAAAAGAAAUUCCAAGCAGAAAUUGAAAAUAUGGAAGCACACAAUGGCAAUCCACUGACUAACUACUACCAACUCAGUCUCGAUGUUUUGGCCUUGUGUCUGUUCAAUGGGAACUAUUCAAUAACAGAAAUUGUUGAAUAUUUCACUCCUGAAAAUAAAAACUAUUAUUUUGGUGGCCAGUUCUCAGUAGAUACUGGCGGAAUGGCUGUCCUGGCUCUGACCUGUGUGAGGAGGAGUAUAAUAAAUGGGCAGAUCAAAGCAGAUAAAGAGAAUUCAAAGCCUAUUGAUAAUUAUAUAGAGACACUGGUAAAAAAGAUUCUGUUUGAGAAAAAAGAAAAUGGUCUCAUUGGAAACAUAUACAGUACAGGAGAAGCAAUGCAGGCCCUCUUUGUCUCAUCAAACUAUUACAAUGAAAAUGAAUGGAACUGCCCACAGACUCAGGACACAGUGCUCAAGGAAAUUCCUCGGGGAGCAUUCAGUAUGCCAACAGCUGCAGCCCAGAUCUUACCUGCCCUGAUGGGAAAGACCUAUUUGGAUGUGAACAAAGAUGCCCCUUGUGUCUAUGAUAACUUCAAUAUCUCCAUUCACGAACCUGGACCUGCGCCACCUACUAAAUUGCCCUCAGUGAUCACAGUCCAUUAUUCUGUGCAAAUCAAUGAAACAUAUUCCACUGAUGUCACUGUACUGAAUGGGUCUGUCUUCCUAGAUGUAAUGGAGGAAGCUCAGAAACAAAAUGAGACUAUAUUUGGAUUCACAAUGGAGGAGAGCUCAUGGGGUCCAUACAUCACCUCUGUUCAGGGUCUAAGGGCCAACAAUAACGACAGAACCUACUGGGAACUUCUGAGUGGAGGCAAUCCACUGAGCCAAGGAGCUGGUAGUUAUGUUGUCCAUGAUGGAGAAAAUUUGGAGGAAGAAUCUUUCUGCAAGAUUCCCUGAGACCACCUGCCUCUUUUCAGAGACUGGCUAUCACCAUUGAAGGAGAAAAAUAGGUAUUUACUAAAAUCCUCCUUUGUUUAGAAGUCAUGCUACUUACCUUUAUUUUCCUACACAAUUUUGAUUAGUGCCUCAUAUAAGGUCAUUUGAUAAUAUCCUUGUUUGACAACGUCUCUUCUGAACAAGGGCUAGAACACCUCCCCUCUCAGCAGAGAUACCUAGCUGUGCCACAGAGACUGGCUGCAAAGAGCAAGCAGCCCCUCUCUCAUCUCUUCCAAAUAUCUAAUUUGAAGUCUGCCUUAGGCAGAAAACAAGAGCAGUAUGGUGACAGUUGGACAAAGUUUAACAUUGCAUUGAAUAGGAAACAAAGGAAGCAUGAAACCCUAUGGCAUGUCUCUGUCUUGGUAGCAUACAAUUUCACUGGAUUUUUUUUUGAUAAAAUUAUCAUUUUUUUUCCAAGAGAGGGGUAACAUAACACCUUCCAUCUUGGUGGUCACUGAGAUAGAUGGACAAAAUAUUUCUUCCUCUAAGGUCACUUCAGGACCUAAUAGCAGAGGUAGGAAUUGUCCUUAGGCCCCUAACCAAUGCCCAACAGGCAAGACAUACAGAAUUACAACAAAGGGAGAUCAUGGCUGUGCCUUCUUCGUGGCACACAAGUUCCGACACCAUGUAGAUCCGAGCUGUCUUUCUGGUCUCAUCUCCCAUCAUACCCCAUGUAUUAGUUAUCUACUGCUACAGAACAAGUUCCCCUGAGGCUUAGUGGCUUAAAACAUCAACAUUCAUUAUCUCAGUUUCUGUGGGUGAGCAAUCCAGGCAUGGCUUAGCUAGAUCCUCUGGCUCAGGGUUUCUCAGAAGGCUACAAUCAAGAUGUCCAGCGAAGCUGCAGUCAUCUGAAGGCUUGACUGGGGAAGCUCUGCUUCCGAGCUCAGUGACAUGCUUGUUGACAGGAGCCCUCCCUCGCUGGCUGAUGGCUGGAGGCUGCUCUCAGUUCUUUGCCAGGCACCUAGGCUUCUUCGUAGGGCAGCUCACAACAGGGCAGCUGGCUUCACGAAGGCAAGCAAGCAAGAAGGGUCAGAGAAGUACAAGCAAGACUGAAGUCAUGGUCUUUUAUGACCUCAUCUCGGAAGUGACAGCCAUUCACUUUUGCCAUAUUCAUUGGAAGCGAGUCCAGCGCACACUCAAGGGAAGGGGAUUCUACACAGGGCAUGAACACUAGGUGGCAGGAACAUGGAGGCAUGCUAGAAGUUGUCUACCACACCCCAUCAUGUACCCUGUGCCCUCACCUCUCAAAACCACCCAACAUUCCCCAAGAAAGAACAAAAAGUGCUUUAUAACAUCCAUGUCUGAUAUUUGUUCAUUAAUUCACUAAUUUGAAAAAUAUUUAACUCCUACUGUCUGUUGGGCAAUGUUGCAAGUGAACAAGAUUGACCAAGCCCCUGCCUCCUUAGAACAGACACUCUAGUGGGGAUGGAGAAAGACAAUAAGCAAGUGCAUACAUAGUGUGACAGAGGGUGAUAAGUGAUAACAGGUAAGGAGCAGAGUGGGUGUACAUGGAAGUGGGGCUGUUUUAUAUAGGAUGGUCUGGGAAGACCUCUCUAAAAGCUUACCUUUGAGCAGAGACAUGAAGGAGGUGAGGGAGCCAUCCAUGAGGAUCAAAGUGCAAAGGUGGAGGACGUGUUCAAGAAACAGCUCAAAGUUCUGCG